GAGGCGGAGGCCAUCCGCCGCUCGGGCGCAGAGGUCGACGACCGCAAGAGAAAGUUCAACUCGAUGCAGGCCGACGAGACGAGCGCGGAGGCGAUGGAGGCGUACUACCGCUCCAAGCAGCGGGCAGACGACCCGAUGGCGGGCUUAUAGGCAGGGUGCGCCCGUGCGUGCGGUGGCGCACGCGAAGCUCGCGAGCGGGGCGACUCGCGGGGGUGUGCACACAUUUCGGCGCGGGCGUGUCACGUGUGCGCACGCGCACACACGGUCACACGACACACCCCCGUGCGGCCCCGACCGUCUGGGCCGUCGCUCGACGAUUCAGGCCCGAGUAUUGGUCAAAUCGCCGGCCCCCUGCAUCGCGCCCUGGCGACGCCCCAGUGUUGUAACCUGUGUUUGGUGAAUAAUCUCGCAUGCUG